AUGCAAUCACAGUCUGUCUUUAUUAGUAAUAUUCCUGACGACUCUGAACAAACUCAAAAUAAUCUCCGAUUUAUUCUUAAUACUCGUGCACCUGGUUAUAUACCAAAUUCACUGAAAUUUAAAUUCUCUAAAAGGUCAAACCACUUUAUUGCGUUUGCUGAUUUUGAUUCACAUGAAAAUGCUGUUGCAUUGACAAAACAAACUCUUGCCAUUCAAACCCAAAAUGAAGUUCCUUAUAAUUUCUCAUUGGUGAAGUACAAACAACCUAUAUCUUAUGGAGCUUAUGAAAAUAAUGUUUUAUAUGCUAAACACAUCACAGUUGAUGAAAAACAAGCCAUCAACUCUUUUCAUACACUUUUUUACCCAAUAAAAAUUGUUUGCAAACCAACUGCUUCUGACUCAUCUUCAUGGUACAUACUUUCUACAUACCAAACAACAGAAGAAGCAAAACAAACUAAAGACUAUUUGAAUGAAAGUAAGGUAUUAGGACCGAUGUCUUCUGUUUAUUUUUCAUAUACCAAUUCUAAACCACCUCAAAAACAACCACAACAAAUCCAACCACCUCAAAAACACUCACAACAAGUAUUGUCACCUAUUCAACCUCCGAAAAAGAAAACCUUACAAAUUCUACCACUUACUCCAAUAAAACCUUUAAAGGAUACACAAAGAAGAAAUAAACAUUCUUUCCGUAAACCAAGACAACAGAAUGAAAUGAAGUCAUUAACAAGAACCAAUAGUGAAGGUUUUUCAGAAAGAGAUAUUAAAAUAAUACGUAACAAUUUAAUGAAGAUAAAAACAGAGAAGAAAUUAGAAAAUUAUAUUCUAAGAGUGUUAAAUGAAAAUAUUAGAACUAAGAUUUGUGAAUUAUGUCAAAGACGUAAACCACAAAAAGAAUUUUAUCAAUUCCAUCCUUGUAAACAUGUGUUGUGUCUGAGUUGUUUAAUUCUAAACUUAAAUGAAUCGAUUAAAGAUAAAAAAAUAAUGAAAUGUCUUCAUAAGCAGUGUCAGUCUGACAUAGAACUUAACGAAAUAAAAAGGAUUGACUUAGAGUUAUAUCAAAAAUAUGACAGUAUGUUGUUAAACAUGUACCUUGAACAAAGUGGUGAUUUUGUUCGUUGCCCACAAUGUCAAGGAUAUAUUCCCAAAAAUAAUACAAAAUCUAUAAUGCGUUGUGAAUUAUGUGGUUAUCUUUAUUUAAUAGGAAGAUAA